AAAGUGGUCACAAGCUUGCAUCUGAUUGGCUGGUCUGGGCGUGUCGCGGCGGGCAAGGGAAGAGGUCGGUCUCCCAGCUUUCCCCGAAUAUGGCUGCGCUGUGUGUCUCUGUCCUUGCAAGAAGAGGAUGGACUCGUAUGGUCGCGGGGACGGCGCGUAGAGAGUUUUGGUCUCGAUCCAGAAAAGAGGAAGAACCCGUGGUUGCUGAGACUGAAGAAGUGAAAAAGGAACCGAUUCUGGCCUGUCCACCUUCACGAAGCCGCACAUACAUGCCACCUGAAGAUCUGCAGAGUCGUUUGGAAUUUCGUGUUAAAGAAAUUUGUGGUUCGUCUCUUCCCAGUAAUUGGCAGGACAUCUCCCUAGAAGAUUGCCAUAUGAAGUUCAGUCUCUUGGCACAUUUAGCUGAUGACUUGGGCCAUGCGGUACCUAACUCCAGGCUUCACCAGAUGUGCACCGUCAGAGAUGUUCUUGAAUUCUAUAAUGUUCCUGUUCAGGACAGAUCUAAAUUUGAUGAACUUAGUGUUAGUAAUUUGCCUCCCAAUUUGAAAAUCUCUUGGGGUUACUAAUCAGUUCAGAAGAUAAACUAUUAUUUUUGUUUUCCUGACAAAGAGGCAAUUUAUUUCAUCUUUUAAUACUUUUUCUGUCAGAAUUCUAUGUAUCUACUUUUUGUACAGAAGUCUUAAAAAUCUCACUUUUUUUUCCUUCACGUCAUAAAUCAACAAAAAAAUAACAUGUUUUUUUUCUCUUUUCACGUUUGCUGAAGCCAUAUUUUAUUGGAAUUUAGCUAAUAAUUUAUGGAAAUUUUUUUCUUCAGCAAACAUUGUUCUUAACUUGGUUGUAAGGUAGAAAGCCAUCACAAGUUCAAAUGUUACUCUUUGUCGGCAUAAAGGAGUAAUUUCAAGAAAAUAUUCUAAUCCUGUUGAGACUUUUUAAAAUAAUAUUAUCAUAUAUGUUACAUAUACAAAUACAGUAACUUGUAUUAGGUUAGAUAAUUAAUAAAGUCUUUGUUAUUGAAAGGUUUUUUUAUGUUUAUUACAUGAGUACAGAUACAAAAUAUAUUCUAUUCUGGAUUAAUUUCUUGGAAUUAAAGAUUUCUUAAGGAGUA